AAGAUUGCGAGUCCUUCUCAUAAUAUUGCGCUUAGAUGGUAACCAGAGCAAUUCGACUCAGAUGUAAGUCCUUCCAAGUUGGGUUUACUAAUUUCAAGUAAAUUGCAUUAUUCUUUCCUUGGAGCAACUCUAGUUUCCAGUGAAACCUCCCCAGGAAGGAUUGCCUGAUGCAGGACUCCCUGUUCUUGGUUCCUGCAAAAGUCAUUAAUUCAAAGCAGCCAAUCAUCACCAAACUUGGAAAGCUACAAAAGAUUCACUGCUUCAGUAAGACAUCUCUAUAGUUCCUCUUGACUCCAACACAAAAGUUCCUUUGCCUCCUUCCAAGCCCUUGCUUGCAGAAUGAGCACUCCGGUGAUCAUGAGUCAACCUCAGGUUGUGGUUGUCCAACAACAAAGCCCCCAAUGGCAGACCGACCUACUCGACUGUUUUAGCGACUGUGGCAUAUGUCUCUGUGGAACAUUUUUCCCUCUAUGUUUGGGCUGCCAAGUUGCUGCAGAUAUGGAUGAAUGCUGCCUCUGCGGUCCAACCAUGGCCAUGAGGUCUGUCUACCGGACAAAAUACGGGAUCCCCGGAUCUCUCUUGGGGGACUUCUGUGUUAACUUGUGGUGCCCGCACUGUGCGCUUUGCCAGCUGAAGAGAGACAUCAACAAAAGACGGGAUAUGGGGAUUUUCUAGGAAGAACUAUUCAAGAAAACAGUGUCCCAAAGUCUCUUAUUACUUCUUUGAUAUCAUCUGCUAUAACUGAGUUUCUGAGAGAAAUCAUGUUAGUGUGUUCAAUAUGAAAAAAGAAGCCGGCAAGGAACAAUAUUUGAGGCCUCUUCAGAAUGAACCAAUUUAUUUUUGUAUUUAAAUGAAUCGCGUAUAAAUUGGUUAACAUGUGUUUAAUAAUAAGAAGAAAAAAAGAAUGAGCUUAUUAACUAUCUGUAGAAAAAAUUGAGAAAAGGGAUGUGUUUAAAAUUAUAUUUUACCUGAAAGUAAAAGCCAUAUUUCUUGGAAUGUCUUGUCUGUGCAGUUUUAUGCCAUUGAUCUUGGCAAUGGGUCAUUUCAGGGUGGGAUUUGAUAGUAACUAUCACAUAAUCAAGGGAUCCAAUAAUAAGCACAGUUUCCAAGAACAAUAAAUAUUCAUUUUAAUUCCAAUCUGA